ACACAAAAAUCCGCAAUCUUUUUAAAUUUGAAAAAAGCAAUUGCUAGAUAUCAAAAUGUCACUUUUACCAGGAACAAAAGCUCCAGGGUUUCAGACAAUUUGUUUCGAAAAUGGUGGAUUCAGUGAGUUGGGUUCAAAGGACUUGGUCGGAUCUUGGACCGUAUUAUUCUUUUAUCCCAUGGAUUUCGGCCAUAUUGCUGCCAGUGAGAUUCUGGAAUUGGAAAAAGUGAGAAAAAAUCUGCAUCACCUCGGCUGCAGGAUUGUUUGUGUAUCGCGAGACAGUGUAGUUGUGCAUGAACAAUUUGAAAGGCAACUUAGAUCGCACGGCGGGGUGCAUGGAAUUUCAUUUCCCCUUCUAGAAGAUCUUUCUGAAGAUAUUUCAAGUAACUACGGAAUGCUAAAAGAAGAGGACGGAUACACGUUCAGAGGAUAUUACAUCUUGAACCCGGACGGGAUUGUUAGAGCUAGAGUAGCAGCAGAUCUACCAGUUGGUUUAUACAUUCCGGAGAUUCUGAGACAGGUUGAGUUACUCGUCCAGAGGGAGAACAAGGAGCUGAACGAUCAUCAUGUUUUGGAGAACGUUAUUGAACCUUUAAAAAAUUCGGCGGGUAUUCUGGUGUCGGACAGUGUAUACUAUGCAAAGUAUAUUCUUUGCGGAGAAAACUAUCCAAUAUAUUCUACAGGAUUCAAACAGUCCCCGAUUGAUAUUGCUGUUAGUUCGACGGAAGAAGAUGAUGAGAUUUAUCCUUUAAAGUUUAGUUAUGCAAAUCCUUGGAAGGAAGCAGCCAUCCUUAAACUCAAGAUUUUACCUACUAGAGUAGUAAACAAAGGGAUAGGAUGGGAGAUCCCUUUAACAGAUGGUUCCCAGUUUCAUGUAUUUGAUGGUCCGUUCGGUACCUCGGAGUAUAAACUAUUCAAGGUGCAUGCACACUGGGGAACCAGUGAACACUCUGUAGAUGGAAAACUAUACAGUGGUGAACUACACUUUCUUCAUUACAAUAUCAGGUAUAAAGAUCAAAUGGAUGCAUUCAAUCACAAGGGUGGAUACGCUAUUGUAGCAAUCUUCCUUCAGGAGAACAAUGAAACCUUCAACCAUGAGCUGGAGAAGAUUGCUGAGGUUCUACCGAUGAUAAGAGAGAGAGGAAAGGAAACUGAAACCUCUACUCCUGUAGAUCUGGAUAAACUACUCCCUGAGUCUACAGAUUACUUUACUUACUCUGGAAGCUUAACCCAACCUGACUACAGGGAGAUAGUUACCUGGGUUGUCCUGAUGAACCCUAUAAAUAUCUCCUCAUCAGCUCUAGCUGCUAUGAAGACUAUGAGCUACGGUAGUCUCCAGGAUAGGUUGGUUAUCAAUACAGUCCGACCUAGAUGUGAGAAGGGAACUAGAGUUGUUAGAAGAUUCAUCCAGGGAGACAAAAACUAGAAACCUAGCUUCCAUACUUGGUGGUUGAUAAUAGGAUUAUACUGCAUACAGAAGCACAAUUAUACUAAAUUUAAAGUUCCAUGUUUAUGAUUUGUUUCUAAAAUAAAUUUAGAUGAUAAGUAACUA